UUUCAAGAGUAUAAAAAAAGUGUAUAAUAUCAGGAUAAACCAGUGAGCAUCAUGUCAUAAUGACGUCACUGUCCGUACCUUGAAGGAUUCCUCGUCUCUCGUAACAGAAGAGGAGGUGUGUUCGUGCUCUUGGUCGCUGAAAACGGAAUAACAGGUUUCCGGCAUCAUGAGUCAGCGGACAGAGCGCCGAGGUGGGAUACACGUGGAUCAGUCGGACCUGCUGUGCAAAAAGGGAUGCGGUUAUUACGGCAACGCGGCCUGGCAGGGCCUGUGCUCCAAGUGCUGGAGGGAGGAGUACCAGCGGGUACGGCAGAAACAGAUCCAGGACGACUGGGCCUUGGCAGAAAAGUUGCAGCGGGAGGAGGAGGCGGCGUAUGCCAGCAGUCAGGGGGCACAGACACAGUCCAAUUCCCAGACCACAGUUCCACCUCCACACCAGGGGCACGCCUCUCUGGGACCCUUCUCCAAGUUUGAGGAGAAGAAGACCAACGAGAAGACACGGAAAGUGACCACUGUGAAGAAGUUCUUCAGCCCCUCGUCACGCACUGCUCCCAAGAAAGAAACCCAAGAGGGCAAGGCACCCAGUCCGUCCAUUAGCCGCCACGCCAGCUUCGACACAGACCAGGUGUCCAAGGACUUUGUGGACUUCUUGAAAAACCUCCAGAAGCCCGGCAGGGAGAUCCACAAGCAGUGCAGAGCGUUUAUUGUGAACAUGUCGAGCAAGAAGGACCUGAGUGCUGAAGAACUGUCUGAGUGCGUUCAGGAUUUCUACCAGAACCUGGCCGACCGCUUACUGACUCACUUUAAAGGCUCCUCCGAGUCUGUGGAGCAGGUGAUGGACCAGGUGGAAAAGUACAUAAUGACUCGUCUGUAUAAGAGCGUCUUCUGUCCAGAAACUACUGAUGACGAGAAGAAGGACUUGGCCACACAGAACAGGAUAAGGGCAUUACACUGGGUGACCAUCCAGAUGCUGUGUGUGUCUAUGGAUGAAGAAAUCCCUGAAGUCUCUGAGAAUGUGGUCAAAGCAAUAACAGAUGUCAUUGAGAUGGACUCUAAGAGAGUUCCUCGGGACAAACUGGGAUGCAUCACGCGCUGCAGUAAACACAUCUUCAGUGCCAUCAGGAUCACCAAGAACGAGCCGGCCUCCGCUGACGACUUUCUCCCGGCGCUCAUUUACAUCGUGCUCAAAGCCAACCCACCACGACUUCAGUCCAACAUCCAGUACAUCACUCGCUUCUGUAACCCCAGCAGGCUGAUGACCGGAGAGGACGGAUACUACUUCACCAACCUGUGCUGUGCGGCGGCCUUUAUCGAGAAGUUGGACGCUCAGUCUCUGAACCUUUCCACGGAGGAAUUUGAGCGUUACAUGUCGGGCCAAGCCUCGCCGCGUUGCAACAGCUCAGAGGGAGACUGGACCCAAGCUGACCCAGCGCCAAAAGCCACCAACCCUGUCCUGGCUCAGCUCAAUCAAAACCUGGAGGCGCUGUCGGGCCUCAGCAGCCGGCAGGACGCGCUGAUGGAGGCCGCUCAGAGCCUGCAGGCCGACCUCCUCUCCUGGCCCAACAGUGUGCAGAGAGAGGUGCACGACAUCCUCAAGAAAUACCCUCUGGAGGUUCUGCCUCGCACCGUUUCCGCCAUCGAUGCAAACAACGUGGACAGUGACAACCUGCCGCCGCCCCUCACACCACAGGUGUUUGCUGGGUAGUGAAGUCUUGGAAGGAAGGGAACCAUUUGACCAACAGCAGCACCACUCCUGCUCUGAAGAGUCUGCUUUUUGAGUUUGAUGGUUACAUCACACAUGCACUCAUCCCCUGAGUGGUUUGGAGCCCGGUCACACCAGUAUUUCUUUCUUUAUUUAAUUUUUUUUAGAAUUUUAUUUAAUUAAUGUCUAUGGGUCAUCAUAGGUAUGUACCAGGAAGUACAUCAAAAAUAAAAAAUAGCAAUUUCAGAAUUUCAUCAAUAUCAGAGUUUCAUAGUAUUUCAUCAAAAUCAAAGUUACUUCAGAAUUUUCAUCUGUCUUAUUACAAGACUACUCUAUCUCAAUGCUGGUCCACAUUCAAGACUGGACACACACACA